AUGGAACCGUUAGAAUUGUUGGCCCAGGAGCGUCUUCCAAGACGUGACUUCAACCGGAAACGGGUCCCGUACCGGGACGCGUACGUGUUGACCCCCAAAAAAAAAGAACCGAACGGGUAUCUCUACCGGAUUUGUGCUACCCAACCGUACCUCGUGGUGAUUGUCUCCACUCCAGCACCACCACUACCACCCAUUUCCUCUCCCAUACAUUCCCACCUACAUCCUUGGAUUAACCCACCCACACGUCCACCGACCAGCAUGCCACCGUCCAUUCUAUCGGACGCCUCGGGCGAUGCCUUUAAUUCACCCGAACAAUUCGUCGUGGUGGUCAAUCCCUACUCGACGGGCUGUUUGAUUGCCAAAGAAAUGCACAAGCGCGGAUACGUACUCAUUGUCGUCUGGACCAAAGGCUUCUCCGCGGAUAUGAAGACGCACAUUCCCAUGAGUGCCGGGCCGAUGGAGUACUACGCCGAAAUUGACGAACAAGACAAUCUCGACGACACCGCCGCGCUCGUCCGCAAAACGGCCAACGAACAGGGAAUCGCGGCAUGCCUCGCUGGAGGCGAAGCCGGAGUAGACCUCGCCGACGCACUUUCCGAACAUCUCAACCUACUCACCAACGGAACCACUAUUCCCAAUCGACGUGACAAAAAGAUUCAACAAGAACUCAUUCGACAAGUAGGUCUGCGCUCCGUUCGACAAGCCGGGGGUGACCAGUUCUCGGACGUCGAGGACUUUCUCCGGACGGAACCGUAUCCCCUCGUCCUCAAGCCCAUCGAAUCCGCCGGAUCGGACGGAGUCAAGCUCUGCGAGAACUUUCCGCAAGCCAAGGAUCACUUUGAGUUAUUGAUGAAGUCACAAAUGGUCAACGGAGGGUCCUGUCCCGCCGUACUCUGCCAAGAAUUUCUCCGCGGCAAAGAAUACGUCGUAGAUCAUGUUUCUCGCAACGGCGUCCACAAAACUGUCAUGGUAUGGGUCUACGACAAGCGUCCCGCCAACGGAUCCGCCUUUGUUUACUUUGGCUGUGUCCCGGUCGACUCCAAUUCCCCGGAAGCGCUUAUCGUCAUUCCCUAUAUUCGCGGCGUCCUCGACGCCAUGGGGGUACAGAACGGACCAUCGCACGGGGAAGUCAUGAUGACCGAAGACGGUCCUUGCUUGAUCGAAAUGAAUUGUCGCGCCCACGGUGGAGAUGGUAACUGGAGACCCCUCUGCCGGGCCCUCACUGGAGGCUACUCCCAAGUCGAAGCAACCGCCGACGCCUAUCUAGACGCUUUCCAAUUCAAUCGACUCCCCGAUAAACCUCCCAGUCCCUUCAAAGCGUCCGGACAAGAAAUUAUUCUCGUCAGUUAUUCCCAAGGGACGGUCCAGAGUUGUCCAGGAUACGACGUGAUCAAAAGUUUACCCUCGUUCGUCUGUUUGGAAACGGGCGUUAAACCGGGAUCCGAGAUAGACUACACCGUCGACCUCUUCACCGGCAUCGGGAGUGUCAUUCUCAUGCACAAGGACCCGGCUGUGUUGGACCGCGACAUUGACUUUGUCCGGUAUAUGGAGACCAUCAACGGCCUUUUUGUGUACGAAACCAAGUUGGAAAAUCUCAAACGCCCCCGUGGCGAGGCCGUUACCGAAAAGGGCCACCGUCGCGUUUUUUCUGCGGAAGGCCCUGGUCUCAUUCGCCACAUGUCCAACGAUCGUCCCGAAUUGCGCAAUCCGCUGGUGAAACGUAUGACCACGGUCGAUGCCUCGCGGGAAGUGGUCGUUAUAAUCGACCCUUACUCGACUGGAUGCUGCAUAGCGGAAGAGAUUAUCAAACGGGGCUUCAACGUGAUUGCACUCUGGACCGAGGGAUUUUCUGAAGAAAUGAAAAAGCAUGUACCCCUCAGUGUGGGAAAUGUGACAUACUUCAAAGAAGUGAAUCAGGCCGAGACGUUGGAAAAGACGGAAGCGGUAGUUCGCAAAGCGGCGGAACUGUUCCGUAUUGUUGCCUGUAUCGCCGGCGGGGAAGCCGGAGUCGACCUUGCCGACGCUCUUUCCGAACAGCUCAAGGUUCGGACCAAUGGUACCGGCAUUCCCAACAAGCGCGACAAGAAACUCCAACAAGAGCUUGUCAAAAAGGUGGGACUGCGGUCAGUACGCCAAGCGGGAAGCGAUAAAUUUGCCGAUGUCGAGCCUUUCUUGCGCCGAGAACCGUACCCGGUGGUCCUGAAGCCAGUUGAAUCGGCCGGGUCAGAUGGUGUCAAACUGUGCCACAAUUACGACGAAGCAAAGCAGCAUUUCGGGGUACUCAUGAAAUCGCAAAUGGUCAAUGGGGGGGAUUGUCCAGCGGUACUCUGUCAAGAAUUUUUGCGCGGGAAGGAGUACGUCGUCGACCACGUGUCUCGCGACGGUAAGCACAAAACCGUCAUGGUUUGGGUGUAUGACAAGCGCCCGGCAAACGGAUCAGCCUUUGUCUACUUUGGUUGCGUCCCAGUAGAUUCCGAUUCACCCGAAGCUCGUCUAUUGAUUCCGUACGUACGCCGAGUACUAGACGCCUUGCAAAUCAAGAACGGUCCAUCGCACGGCGAAGUCAUGAUGACGAACAACGGUCCCUGUUUGGUAGAAAUGAAUUGUCGCGCACACGGUGGUGACGGGAACUGGCGUCCCCUCUGCCGCGCACUCAAUGGUGGCUACUCCCAGGUCGAAUCCACGGUCGAUUCGUACUUGGACAGUCGUCAAUUCAUGAUUACCCCCGAAAAACCACCUAGUCCCUUUAAAGCUCACGGCCAGGAAGCAAUUUUGGUUUCAUUUUCACGCGGUGUAGUCAAGGCCACUCCCGGUUUUGAGGAAAUUCAAAAGCUCGAGUCAUUCGUCUAUUUGGAGACGGGUGUUCGCGUCGGCACCUUUGUUGACUACACGGUCGACCUCUUUACCGGAAUAGGUAGUGUCAUCGUCAUGCACCAGGACGAAGACGUAUUGGAACGCGACGUUCGUCGCAUUCGGCAGUUGGAAUCGGAAAAUUUGCUGUUUGAAUACGAAACUGGCAAGGUAGUCUUUUCCUCGCCGAGCAACAUUCACGACACUGGAAGCGUGACGGUGGCCUCCGCGAACCGUCCCGACUUGUAUUAG